AUGUCGACCAGACGCCGACGUGGUCGUAAGCCGCCGGCGUCGUCGUCCGCGAGGGAGGCCCUCUCGUUCGACCUGCUGCUCGAGAUCGUCCUGCGCUCUGACGUCACGACCGUCGUCCGCUGCGCCGCGACGGGCAGGAUCCUCCGCCGCGCCAUCCUCGACCCGGCCUUCGGCCGCCGCCUCGCGCUUCAAGCAGCCGCGGCCGACGGCGGCCGCUUCAAGUUCGACCCCGCCCUCCUCCUCGCCGUCUCGUACCAUGAAUUCGACUACCAAAGCAACACCGCCAGCUAUCGCAUCAUCCAUGCCCCAGACCCGGCAACCCGGCGUCUCGCCUGCCUGGACGCCACCACCAUCCACCCCCCGUGGCUCAGGCCCCUGGUCGCCAGAGACGGCCUGUUCCUCCACCGCUGCGUUUACCGUUCUCUUGGCCGCAUCACCCUGCACGUCGUCAACACCCUCACCGGCCACGUCACCCACCCACCCCAAGCCACCCUGCCCGAGGCGUACCGACGCGCCUUGCUAAGCUCCGCCGACGGUGGCUCCUUCGACCUGCUCCUCGCGGACAACAGCAUGCGGUUCCAGAUCUUCUCGUCCAAGGACGGCAAAUGGGGCGUCGUCCGCAAGGCCUCCUUCGUCCCCCCGCACCACCCCCAAACAAAUGGGGUGAUCUUUCUCGAUCCCGCCGUCGUCGGCCGCACCAUCUACUGGAUCUACCGUCGAAGCGGCUCGCGAAUGAACCCGGAGUGGAGGAUCCUCGCGCUGGAUGUCGAUGCGGCGCAGGCAACGAAGAUGGACCUCCCGGCAGGGUGCGUCUCCAGUAUGAUGCCCUACAUGGAUGACAAGGGCGAUGAAAGACUUGUGGACCAGCACCUCCUCCUGGCCUCGGUGCGUGGCCGACUAAGCUUGUUCGUCAUGGAGAGCAUUGGGAUAUCGAUGUGGACGCUGUCGCCGGCCACCUCUGGCUCGGCGGAGACAUGGAACAGGCAACUAGUUAUUGGAGCGGCGGAAAUGCUGAGGCAGACGGGCUUCGUGGUUUAUGAUAACCUCGCGCGCACACCCUUUAACCUCGAAGGCUUCGGGGAACGAAGCGGCUCCAUGAUCCUGUCUCUGGGCUGUGGCCAGCUCUUUCGGCUUGACCAUGGAAUUACCGAGGAAGCAACUGUUGUCACGAGGCUGAUUAGCCCUGGAAGUGUUCAGGUCUCGGGAGUGUUCUUGCAUGAGACGGAUCGGAUCACUUUGUUGAAGGCCAUGAAAUUUAUCUGA